AUGAAUAAGGAUGAUGCUAUCGCGCAAUGGGUAUCGAUCGUCACGAACGCCGACAAGAGCCAUCAGGACGAGCCGACUGACUUGUGGGGGACUCAGGGUGUACGGAGAAUUGAUCACCCGUGCCGGACGCGCUGGUGGUCCGAUAGCACAUACGCAAACACUCCGGUCUCGUGCAGGAUCUGGGCGGGAGCUUCCCAGACCUCCGGCGCUUCCGUUUACAAGCUGGGACCACUUAGUCGGCUGCUGUGGAGGGUUUCACGCGGGAAUUUCUGGAGGACUGGAACAACCGUCAGGAGAAAUAUGCCCGCUGCUACGGAUUCUGUUGUCUGGGCCGUUUUCUUGGUACUGGCGCUGUCUGUGGUGCUGAAAGUUGACGGAGCGUCUUACAGAGAGAGACCGAAAUCUGCUGAUGUGCUGAAGGGAGAUACAGUAACACUCCACUGUACCAUCGACGGGCUCCCCCCAUCAGAGAUGGUACAGUGGUACGGUCCGCCGGAUAUGCGUCAUAUCUCCAGCGGCAACGUCAUCGCUAAACGCUUCAAGGGGAGGUACCGAAUCCUUGGAGACACCUCAAGAGGGGAACACAACUUACAGAUUCUGCGCGCAGCUAACUCAGACGAGGGGGAAUACCGGUGCAGCACACUGUCACUAGAUGAGACAGCUGACGCCACCCUUACAGUAGUAGUUCCACUGUCGGGCCCGCCCGACAUUAUUGGUGACACGGCCCCCCGUAAGGCAGGCCAGGGGCUGAUGUUGACGUGCACCUCGGUAGGGGGCAGGCCCCCUCCCCGCCUGACCUGGUACAACGGCACCAGGCCCUACAAGCUCCCGGACGACGCCUUCAAGGAGGGGAUCAACAAGGGUGAAGUGAUGCUGAACCUGGUGAUCCCGUACCUAACGAAAUGGGAUAACGGCGCGAACCUGUCCUGCAAGGCAGACCAGGGGUUCCCCUCCCUGGUGAAGCCCAGGACAGCCGUCAAGGUCCUAAACGUCAGAUAUCCCCCGACAGUGACGGUGACGCCCAAGUCGUCACGUGUGAUGGAGGGAGAGUCACUGAACGUCACGUGUCACGUGGAUAGUAACCCGCCUGCUGACGUCGACUGGAGGAAGGUGGGCCACGCCCUGCCCUUCAGGGUAGAUAACAGAGGCCAGGUGCUACACUUGGACAGAGUGUCCAGUUCGGACGCAGGGAUUUACCAAUGCAUCGCGGAAAACGGGAUUCCUCCAGACGGCUACGGCACGUUCACACUGGAGGUUCUGUUUACUCCGAGAAUCAGGCAGACGUUUGACACCAAAGUCAGCGUGUUGUACGGACAGGACGGGUUCUCGCUGGAGUGCGUGGCGGAGGGAAACCCCAGGCCGCAAGUGAGGUGGCGGCGGCAGAAUACAGAGCUGUACAUGGGCAACCCGCUGGUGCUGUCCCCCGUCAACUAUGACGUGGAGGGGAAAUACGCAUGCGUAGCCAGCAGUCCUGGGUUUGCUAGCGUGGAUAAGGAGACCUUCAUCGAUGUGGUCGGUAAGGGAAUGUGA